AUGACCCCUAAUGUCUUUCAGGCAGCCAUUCAGUCCCAGCUGGAUGGUGUUCGCACUGGACUGACCCAACUGCACAGCGCCCUGCUGGACGUCAAAGACAUCCAGAGCUCAUUGGCUGAUGUGAGUAAAGACUGGAGGCAGAGCAUCAACACCAUAGAGAACCUGAAAGACGUUAAGGAUGCUGCAGUUCAACACAGUCAGCUGGCCUCUGCUGUGGAAAACCUUAAAAACAUUUUCUCUGUACCAGAGAUUGUGGCGGAGACACGGCAGCUGAUAGAGCAGGCAGAGCUGCUGCAGGCCCACAGGAAGCUGAUGGACCUGGAAUGUUCACGGGAUGAUCUCAUGUAUGACCAGUACCGUAUGGACAGCAAGAACACCAGUGACAUGAACCUCAUCUCCGUCCUCUUUGGAGACGUUCGGGGGUUGUCAGAUGAGCUGGCCAAACAGUUAUGGAUGGUACUUCAGAGGUCCAUGGUAACGGUUCGUCGUGAUCCUACCAUGCUGGUGUCAGUGGUUCGUAUAAUUGAGCGGGAGGAGAAGAUCGAUCGGCGUAUGGUUGAUCGUCAGAAGCAGACUGCUUUCAUCCCGCCGGGUCGACCCAAACGAUGGAAGAACAAGAUGUUUGAGGUGUUGGAGGGUACAGUCGGCACCCGCAUUGAGAGCACGCAGGCGGUUACGAGAGAGGCUGAUAAAAUGUGGCUGGUUCGUCUUCUAGAAAUAACCAGGAAAUAUGUUUUGGAUGACCUCCUUGUCGUCAAGAACCUUAUGGUGCAGUGCUUCCCCCCACACUACAACACUUUCAACAGAUUUUUCUGUCUCUACCACAAUGCUGUGUCCUACCGUAUUAAAGAACUGUCUGCUGAGGACUUGGAGGCUAAUGAGAUUGUGUCUCUGCUAACCUGGGUUCUCAACACAUAUCAGAGUGUGGAGAUGAUGGGCCAUCCAGAGCUCCAGUCAGAGUGUGACAUCAACCAGCUGGAACCGCUGCUGCCUCAGACUGUGGUGGAUCACCUGCUCGGCAAAUAUGUCAAGACAUUUACAUCUAAUAUAACAGGUUGGCUGCGGAAGGCCUUGGAAACAGACAAAAAGGACUGGAAGAAAGAAACAGAACCAGAGGCCGACCAAGAUGGCUAUUACCAGACCACACUGCCAGCCAUUGUCUUUCAGAUGUUUGAGCAGAACCUACAAGUUGCUGCGCAGAUUGAUGGGGAUUUUAAAGAACAAGUGCUGAAGCUCUGCCUGAAACAGAUGAACACUUUCCUUAUGAGGUACAGAGAGGAGGUGGUGGUCUACAAAGAAGAGCACCUGAGAGACAGACAGCUGCCUCAGUAUUAUGUACAGUACAUGAUAGCCAUCAUUAACAACUGCCAGACAUUCAAAGAGUCCAUCAACAGUCUGAAGAGGAAGUACUCUGAGUCUUCAGAGCCCACUGACAGUGAUGCUGCCAUAGAGAGGACACUCAAUGAGGUAGCCAAGGAGGGAUGUCAGUUCCUAUUGGAUGAAGUCUUCCUAGACCUCGAACAUCACCUGAAUGAGCUGCUGACCAGGAAGUGGCUAACGGGCUCGCAUGCUGUGGACACCAUCUGUGUGACAGUGGAGGACUAUUUCAAUGAUUUCAACAAGAUCAAGAAACCCUUCUGUCAGGAGAUGACAAGUGAGGCCCUGCGCAGAGUGGUGGUGGAGUACAUUAAAGCAGUGAUGCAGAAGAGGAUCACCUUUAAAAACGCUGAUGAGAGGAGGGAGGGAGCUGAGAGGAUGAUCAAAGAGGCUGAUCAGUUUAAGUUCCUCUUCGGGAAGCUGGCAGCUGGUGAAGACACAACCGACUUUGUGGUGCCAUCGCUGCCAUUGCUGAAGUGUUCAAGCUGACUGACCCUACACUGCUUUUCCUGGAGGUCACCACUCUGGUGUCCAAAUAUCCUGACAUCAGGGAGGAGCACAUCCAGGCAUUGUUGGCAGUUCGCGGUGACGCCAGCAGGGAUUUGCGCCAGAUGAUCAUCGGGACCCUCAGUGAGAAC